UCGUUUGAUUCAUAGAAUACGUUCGUACAAUGUACACGCCGUUAAUGCGCAGGGAACGCGUUGGUACGGUUUAGGGUAAAGAAGUGAGGGGUUGACGGACUGACCGACGACAUUUCCCCCUUCCCAAGCCGUUGAAAUGCUCCUAAGAUCAAGUAUAUAGUGUCUGUAACAACAGUGUUGCCAUGGCAGCUAACAUGUAUCGGGUUGGAGAUUACGUGUAUUUUGAGACAUCAUCUUCACAGCCGUACCUGAUUCGACGAAUUGAAGAACUGAACAAGACCGCAAGCGGAAAUGUGGAAGCCAAAGUUGUCUGUUUCUACAGGAGAAGAGACAUUCCAAGCUCCCUCAUCCAGCUAGCUGAUAAGCAUGCUUUGGCCCUCGAAGAUGAACAAGAGGAGACCCUGGAGGAGUUGUCGGAGAAACAGCGCCACCAGCUGAAGCAUCGGGAGCUCUUCCUGUCACGCCAGCUGGAGACGCUGCCAGCGACCCACAUCCGGGGGAAGUGCACUGUCACCUUGCUGAAUGAGACAGAGUCUCUCCUUUCGUAUCUGUCCAAAGAGGAUGCUUUCUUCUAUUCCUUGGUCUAUGACCCCCAGCAAAAAACCCUCUUGGCUGAUAAGGGUGAGAUCCGCGUCGGUCCCCGCUACCAGGCAGAGAUUGCAUCAAUGCUUGUCGAAGAUGAGGGGGACAACCGAGAUUUGGCUAAACUAGAGACUAAAGUCUGGCACCCAGACCACAGCCUCCAUGAUCGUCAGAUUGACCAGUUCCUAAUCUUAGCAAGGUCUGUUGGUACAUUUGGUCGAGCUCUAGACUGCAGCAGUUCAGUCCGUCAACCUAGCCUCCAUAUGAGUGCUGCGGCAGCAUCAAGGGAUAUCACACUGUUCCAUGCCAUGGACAUGCUGCACAGCCAAGGCUACGAGAUCACCAAGGCAGUCUCAGCCCUGGUUCCCACCGGGGGGCCGGUCAUCUGCCAUGACCAGCUGGAGGAAUGGUCCGCCUCUGAGGCCAACCUCUUUGAAGAAGCCCUGGAGAAAUACGGCAAGGACUUCAAUGACAUCAGACAAGACUUUCUCCCUUGGAAAACACUGAAGAGCAUAGUAGAGUAUUACUACAUGUGGAAGACCACAGAUCGCUACGUCCAGCAGAAACGUCUCAAGGCGGCCGAGGCAGAGAGCAAACUCAAGCAAGUCUACAUCCCCAACUAUAACAAGCCCAACCCCAACCAGAUCCCCAGCAAGCCCAACAUCACUCUUGGAAGCCAGAUGGGUGUAGGAGGGGCACCAGGCAUGCCCCCUGGGGUCACCCCUGGCUGUAGGGCCUGUGAAAGCUGCUACGCAAGUUCCUCUUAUCAGUGGUAUUCCUGGGGACCUGCCAACAUGCAGUGUCGUCUCUGUGCCACCUGCUGGAUCUAUUGGAAGAAAUGCGGUGGCCUCAAAAUGCCAACUCGACUUGAUGGCGACCGUCCAGGACCUCUACGUAACCGCCCUGAACGCCCCCAGGGUAUGGGCACAUUUGGCAUGCAUCGCCCAUUCCGUUGUACCAUCAGUGGCUGUGGCAAGGAGUUCAAGCUGAAGGCACACCUAGCCCGCCACUGCCAAACUGUCCAUGGACUGACCAUCCGCACCAGUGGGCCCCGAGCCCUGGGCCUGAAGACUCGCCAGGCCUUUUAUCUCUUCACCACACCACUGACCAGGCUGUCCCGCACCGUCUGUCCUAACCUGCUGAACAUACGCCACGCUGCCCGCAGUCCGUUUGAACCCAUCAACAUCGCUGCCAUUAAGCAAGCCUGUCAAGUGCUCAUUCCGGAAGGAGAAAGCAAAGCGAAGAGGUUCAAGGCUCGUAACUGGCCUAAGGUGGAUGUGGUCGUCACUAAACUACAAGGAAUGUUAGAAGCCAGCAGGAAGAGUGGACGAGAUUUAGCUGAUGGGCGCAGUGCAAGCACCUCAGGAACCAGCAGCCAGCAGGCCAUGUGGUCCAAGGGAGGACGCUCUGACCUGAAGGACACCUCGUCCAUCAGCACCAUCUCCCCAACCAUGAUGAGGAAACGAGGAUAUGAACACAGCACCUCGGCCGACGCUCCUGCCAACAAGAGAAUGCAGUUGGCCCCACAACGCCACAUUCCCAAGAAAGGUGAAAUGUCCGAGGAGAAUGGAAGUGGAGAGGCUGGCCUUCAGGUGGAUGAGGGUAGGAUGCUUUUUAAGAAGCGUAGACACCUGAGCUGGUUAGAUGCGCCAGAUGAUGUUUACUUCCACGCUGAUGAGAACACAAGGAAGCUACGGAAGCAGCUGACCAUUGUGGCACAGAAGCGCUUGGCCCGUCGUCCCUGGAAGAUCAUUCCUCAGACCACGCGAUUGGUCAGCAAGAUCCGGUCGGCAGAGACUAUCGUCAUUGACUGAGCUGGUUAAGAAUUAAGUUUCACUUAAAUUAACGUUAGAAUGUAGAAUUUCAGUUUCAAGUUUAUGAUAUUUUUGUUUCAGUUUAUAAAAGAUGUCUGUGUGACACAACUUGGUUUAGGGACAAUUUUUCAAUAUCACAAAAAUUUUAACCUUAGCUGCAACUCAAAAGGCUUUGCAUGGUAGCCAUCUUGAAGGGCACUUCUUUUGUGCUAUAGGGAAACCUCCUUUGCGCAAACUCUGUGGAACAAAAGCGCAGGCUGGAAGAUGGCAGCCAUGUAAACCCCUAUAGCUGCACUGGUGAUCUGAUGGCAUUUUUUAGCCAUUGUCAAAGCAUAGCAUAAAGUGAUGUAACUUGUCAGUAUUAUUCAGGUUCAAUUGUCAUGCAAGGCAGAAAGUGACACCUUGUUUCAAUAUUCACAAGCAUUUUUGUAGACUUGCUGCUGUAUGUUAGCUCUUCGUAUUGUAUUAAUUCCAUAGAGUCUGUCAUUAAUACUCACUUUGUGUGUUUCUUUUUCCCCUCGUCUCAGUAGGAAAUAAGAACAUCCCAUGCGGCUUGAUGAAAGAAGUUACAUUUGUUUUCAGAAUUCUACCGCACGGAACAUGUCGUUUCCUAUUUUGAAAUGCUUUCUUGAAGGCAAGUUAUACCCCAGCUCAGUUGCCGUCUUUUUUUAACAUUGCAUUCACUACAAUAAGCCAAAUGAACGGCUAUCCACACACGUCCUCAUUAAACAGCCCUGUGGCCCAUGUAAAAUAUUUUGUGAAUGCUUUUAUCGUGCUGAAAACAAAUCAACCUUUGGAGGGAGGACUUUCAAUUAAUGAAAUAAAAUUUCCUACAGUGUGCUUAGUUUAGUAGUUACAUUUUUCCAAUCUUCGGGGAUAGUAGAGGUGUAUUUACCCUACAACCUUCAAGCCCCUCCCCUUCCUUCCCAUGGGUGUUUCACAGCUCAGCCAACCAUGGAAAUUGAGUGUUUAUGCCGGGCAUUCUGAGUGGGGUCAUGCUAUUUAGUGUCAACAAGUAUCAAGUAGCAUCAACAAGUAUAUUUAAGCAAAAAAAAAAA